AUGGCCUCCAUAUUCCUCCACCACCUAGCCAUCUUCACCAUAGCAGCAGCAGCAGCAGCACGGCCAGUCCUCGCAACGAGAGUGCCCCCCGGCACACAACAAGGAACCUACAUCGUAACCCUCUCCCCAGAAGGCCAAGAAAUCCACGCCAGACUCCCCGACAUCAACCAUGACAACGCACACGUGCUACCACUACCACCACCACCACCACCACCACCACCACAAUCCCCCCGUGGCGCAACAGCCUGGCCCUCUCACACCGCCCCCCUCUGCUCAGACAGCCCCUGGAUCGGUACCUACGACCUCUACCACGACAACGGCGCCCGCAACGCCUUUUCGUCCCAGUGCGCCGCCCUCGCCGGCGCCCGCCUCGGCAACGGCGACAAGAUCUACAGCCACUGGGGCGACGCCGUGGCCUACAUGUGCUCGUACGCGGGGAGCGGCGGCGGCGGCGGCGGCGGCGGGGGAAACCCGUGCGUUGUCCAGGAGUGGGUUGAUGCCGUGGACUGGGCUGCUGCGUCGUGUGCCGGGAGGAAUGGGGGGUAUAUGGAGUGUGCCUACCUCUCGAUUCCGGGAUGGAAAAAGGCGUACGGCUAUACGCACAUCAAUACUUCCUUCUGCUGA